AUGAAUAGAAAACAAAACAAUCUUGAAAUUAAUAAGCUAAAAGUUGACGACAAAAUCAUCGAAGACCCAGAGGAAAUAAGUAUUCUUUUCAAUGAAUACUUCAUCAAUGUCACAGAGAAGCUAAUAUUUAAAAAUCUUCAUCCUCAUUGUCACACAAGUGAAUAUUAUCUCGAGAUGAAAAUACUCAACAUCAAAAACUUGUUCAUCUACCACGUUGCAACAUUCAUUUUUAGAUUUCUACCCAGAAUUAAAGUACUCUGCAUGAGUUUGAAACAUACUGGCCCAGGAGUAUGGGAGACGAUUCCACAAGAAAUUAAAGAUUGUAACACUUUGCAUCUUUUUAAAAAUAAACUGAAAAAUUUUUUAAUUACGAAAACCAGGCAACAAACUGCUACGCAACUAUUUACUAAGGAGGACAAAAACCACGCCAACGAAAAUGAAAAAUGGAUUGAAGAAUCGGAAGAGAAUGAAGUGGAGGAAUAUCAAAUGAACAAAAUUUUAGAGAUAAGAAGUUAA